AUGGCGGGCGGGUGCAAGGCGGCGAUCGGGUGCGUGGACGCGCGCGUGCCGGUGCGGGCCAGCUACGUCAGCCUCUACAAGUGGCCCGAGUCCGACGCCGAGUUCGUCCGGUCCGUCGCCAUGGCGCGGCGCCACCGCCAGCACCCGGACAGCCCCGCUGCCGCUGCCGCCGGGUGCUACGGCGGCGGCAGCGCCAGCAUGCGCCGCGGGGCUGGCGUCGAUGUCGGUGGAGACAGCCCGCGGGUGGUGGACAGCUACUCGUGCCGCCAGAUGUACCUCCGCAGCUACACCUUCUCGACGCGGAAGGAGACCGUGCCCGAGCGCACCAUGGCGUGCCUCGGCCGCGUCCGGGAGCGCGCCGCCGUCUUCCCCAGCUUCCUCCCGCACCGGGGCGGCGGCGGCGGGUCCGACGCCGGAAGCUCGUUCGGCAGCUCGAGCGGCGGUGGAGGCCAGUACUCCGGGAGGGAUCAAGACGGGCGCCGCGGGACUACGACCGGCGGCAGCAACGGGAGGAGGAAGCGGAGGAGGAAGAAGAAGGGGUGCGCCGUGGUGAGGAGGCUGCAGGAGGCGUCGUGCGGCGCGGUGCGGGCCAUCUUCCGCCGCCUGCUCGCCUGCACCACCACCGUCGACGUCGAGGUCGCCGAGCCGCCGCCCGGCCGGUGA